GGCGCGCAGGAGGGUGCUGGGCACGCGAGCUGGGGAGCUGGGGCAAGCGCUUUCCCUCUCUCCGGGCGCCAGGAAGAUGACGCGCUUCGCUCUGACCGUUGUCCGGCAUGGAGAAACAAGAUUUAACAAGGAGAAAAUAAUUCAAGGACAAGGAAUAGAUGAGCCUCUUUCAGAAACUGGAUUUAAACAAGCAGCUGCCGCUGGCAUGUUUCUUAAUAAUGUGAAGUUUACUCAUGUUUUCUCCAGUGACCUCAUGAGGACAAAGCAGACCGUGCAUGGGAUUUUGGAGAAGAGCAAAGUUUGCAAAGAUUUGACAGUGAAGUAUGAUUCAAGACUUCGAGAAAGAAAAUACGGGGUCGCAGAAGGCAGGGCCCUAAGUGAGCUAAGGGCAAUGGCCAAAGCAGCUGGGGAAGAAUGCCCUAUGUUCACACCACCCGGAGGAGAGACCUUAGACCAGGUGAAAAUGCGUGGAAAAGACUUUUUCGAUAUUCUUUGUCAACUGAUCCUGCAAGAAGCAGGUCAGAAUGAACAGUUUUCCCAAGGAGCUCCAAGCAACUGUCUGGAAACUUCUCUGGCAGAGAUAUUUCCUUUAGGAAAACCCUGUGCCUCUGAAUCUAAUGCAGACAGUGGCGCACCAGGAUUAGCCGCCAGUGUCUUAGUUGUGAGUCAUGGUGCUUACAUGAAAAGCCUGUUUAAUUAUUUUCUGACUGACCUUAAGUGUUCCUUACCCUCAACUCUGAACAAAUCCGAAUUUAUGUCAGUCAGUCCCAACACAGGGAUUAGUCUCUUUAUUGUAAACUUUGAGAAUGGAAGAGAAGUGAAGCCAACAAUUCAGUGUGUUUGUAUGUACCUACAGGAUCAUCUGAAUGGAGGGACUGAAACUCGCUAAAAUUUAAAUCUACAUCAAAAUUUUGAACUUCUGAGGGAGUGCCUUUGGCUUUAUUUGUUUCCAUCCUCUGCUAGCGCUGAUUUGGAAACAGUUAAAAAGCUAUUACAGCAGGUUAUAAAGCUUGAAUGGAAUCGUGGCCACAGAGAACACUAAUGGAAACCAUUUACGAUUGACUUACUUUGUCUUGAGUACAGUUGACUUUUUCCAGAGUAAUUUCACCACCCUGUUCAGUUACAUCUCUGGAUUGUAAAUGAAUCAAGGAAUUCAGUAUUGCAAAUUGAGGGAUUCAUGACCUUGCAACUAUGUUUUUUUGUUUGUUUGUUUGUUUUUUUCAUUUUCUUUGUUAUUUUUCUUUAACAUCUGAAAAAUCUAGCCUAUUUUAUUGGCUCUUGGGUAAGAUACUGUAUGUUUUUUACUGUAUCGUCCAGUGCUUAAAAGAAGGAACUAUUUAUAAUUCCCAUUGCAUAUUUAUAGUGAGAACAUAUUGUAUUUUAAAAGUCCUUUAAAUUAAAAAUUCUUAACCAUCCUCAGUUUUAUAUAAAGCAAAAUGACACUAAAAUUUUUAAUAUAGAAAUCAACUGUUAGAAUUUUUUACUAUAGAGGGUUUGAAAUGUGGAUGAAUGGAGAUUAUGGUUGCAGGUUGGUCUGGUGAGGAAGAAUGGAAAGCAUCAUUUGACUAAGAAACAUUGAAGAAGGAAACUCUGCGCAGAAGAAGACAAAAGAGCAUCUCUUUCUCAUCUAAUAGGCUGAAGAAUUUAGUUUGGAGAAGGCUCUAAUGAGAGUAAAUGGUUACUAGUGUACUACACAGUAACCUCCAAAGGAAGGGGGGAUGCUUCCUUGGAAAGAAUGUUGCUCCGGUAACCCCAACUGUGGGGUUUUGUGGAAGUUACAGUUGCCUCUUUCUUCCAGCAGAUGGCACUGGAGCAAAGGGAUUUUGGUUAACUGAAUUUUGUACACAAGAUUGGCCCCUCAAAAAAUCCUCACCGAAAUGAAGGUGUUUUCCAUGUGGUUUGCUUUUAAGUUACCGUGCUGAUGAAUGCUGAGUCUCACCUUACAAGAGUGUUAAUACUAAAGUUUGUCAGUUAAGGCCAAAAUCACGUGUAGUCCAAAUUUACCGUG